GGAGCAGGGAGUCGCCUUGUUUCCACGCUCCGGAGUCGGGAUUAGCGUUUGUUCUCAGCCUCGUCUGCCGUCUUUUCGCGCCGUUCGUCCGUCCUCUGACCAGCUUUCGCCCGGAGCACCAUGGGAGUCGACGGUUGCACCCGAUGCAUCAAGUACACGCUCUUCGUCUUCAACUUCAUCUUCUGGCUCGUUGGAGGAGGGAUCCUGGGUUUGGCUCUUUUCAUGAGACAUGACCACCAGGUCAAGAGUCUUCUGGACAUCACGCUGGACGGACGGCAACCCCCCAGCACCUUCUACAACAGCAUCCACAUUCUGAUCGCCGUGGGCGCCGUGAUGAUGGUGGUGGGCUUCCUGGGCUGUUACGGCGCCAUCCAGGAGUCGCAGUGUUUGCUGGGAACGUUCUUCACCUGCCUGGUCAUCCUGUUCGCCUGCGAAGUCGCCGCUGGGAUCUACGGAUACAUGCACAGAGAAACCAUAUCCAAAGACAUGAUCACCUUCUAUGACUUCAUGUACGACGAGGCCAUGAAAGUAGGCGUCACCCAAAACGGCGACAAUAAGCCCGCCAUGCAGGGACUGAAGAUCUUCCAUGAAACGCUGAAAUGCUGCGGGAAAGGGUUGGGCACGUCUCUCCUCAGCAAGGUUGUAGGGAUAGCGGGCGGGACCGACGUCUGCUCCAACGAAUACAUCGGGGUUAGCUGCCACACCAGCAUCAACGAGCUGUUCUCCACAAAGAUCUACAUCGUGGGAAUCGUUGCUCUGGUGAUCGCCGUCAUCAUGAUCUUUGAGAUGAUCUUCAGCAUGGUCCUGUGCUGCGGCAUCCGCAACAGUCCGGUGUACUGAGGACCGCCGCGGCCGGCCAGCCAGGUGGGCGGCGCCCCGACCAGAGGACGGCCGCCACGACCCGCCUCUCUUUUGUAACUAGAAAAACCACGUAUAGCGCUUGCUGGAAGUAGUCCUCUCUUUACGACCAUGUAAACCGUGUUCCCUCCACGUUAGUCCAGACGCCGCCUCACUCGUAGCCGUGACUCGCGUCUGUCGACGUGAAGCCACAGACGCUUGCUAACGGCCUUUCUGCGUAUGAAGAUGCUCUUACGUUCUCCGCUGGAGGUUUUUUCACUGUUUCAUGUAUAAACUGUAUAUAAAUGUAUGUUGACCGCGCUUCUUUCUGCCUGAGCAUGGAUCAGCUGACCCCGCCCGCUUCUGUCAUUUCCUGCAUCCUUUCUGACGCUCCGUUUCCUGUUACCCUUCGGUGCCAAAACCAUGCUAGCAAAGGAAGUAUUAGCGCCGGCGUUCCAGCGCUCGGUCAGGUGUCGUUUGAAGAGGCCUCAGAGCUCCGCCCCUAAGGAGACCCGAGGCUGUCGUCUUCGCCCCCACCCCCGCCUCCUCGUGUCUUUGGUACGUCCGGCCGGGCUGGAGGAGGACCCGGGUGCUGCGGCCACCUCCAAUGCUGACCUUUGAACCCCGUGGCCGCAUGCCCCCACCCCCCCUCCUCUCCGGCAAACUGUGGUUUGCCCAAAUAUAAAGGGAUUAAAUGUAUUUUCCAAAAAAA